AUGGCACAGGAGAAUCAAACUGGUGUCCUCGAAGAGAUCAACCCACCUACGCCGGCUCAUCCUCAACCACCGGUAACCCACGCGGCGCUGCCACUGAACCCCACAGGAAUGCCACCAGCCUAUUUAGGGGCACCCUCGACGUAUCUCCCGUCGCCAACUUCAACGGGUGCGCCCCUACCACACUCGGGGUUCCCACCACCACCGUUGGUAUAUGCACCGCCUCCAUCGACUGCUCAAGUACUACCGCCCGCCCACAACGUCAAUCGCAUGAUUGCACUCGAGGGCAACGUUACCACUCUCCAGGUAACAUUCGACCUAAUGGCCGUCAAUAUGGCCGAGAUGAUGGCCUUGAUCCGAGGCCCGAAUUGCUCAUCUUCUAGCUCCACACCGCCUUUCACGCACGGGUUAACGGUCGAUCCCGCUCCUUGGGCCCCGCCGACCCUUGCACCAGAAAGCAACAUUGCCUCCGCCGCCGCACCGAUGGUCAUUCUGGUGCCCGCUCCUUAUUCGACACACGUGCCGGCGGUCCACCCGAUCGACUUCUUCCAGCCUCAGUCCACCAUUCCAGCAGUUGCCUCACUUCCGCCCAUGACGAUCCCCACGCCAGACUCGGCUACGCUUGCUCUACCUCCCAUGUCCGUGUCGGUCCCAGCCACUAUCUAUACGAUCCCUCCGCCGAUGGUCCUCCCAAUGUCGAGUGCCCCUGCUCCUGCUCAGGCAACCGAGACUUUCCCUUACUAA